AUGGCCUACCCUCCGAUCGAGGCUCUCGAGUUAGCCAAUUUGGUCUUCUUCGGGAUUUCAAUACUUCCAGUCUGUUACUGUUUUUAUAUACAUGGCCGGCAGGGUUUUGGUCCCUGGCUGAAUACGCUUGUUUGGAACGCUUUGCGCAUUGCCGCCAAUGCCGUCGCCUUCAAGUCGAUCACGACAACCGGCAUACCCGAUAUCCUUAUCCCACUUGUGGUGAACGGGGUUGGUCUCUCGCCAUUUUCACUAGUAAACUUUUCGAUUCGUAAGGAACUCCCGCUAUUUGCGGGUGCUUGGGGCUCGAUCUUUGCCCAGGUCAUAAUCAUUGUGGGUAUCUCGUUGGCGUUGAAGGGUCUGACGGAGCUCAUUCUCUUAAAAGCCGGUCUCAUUAUCUGGCUUCUCGGCUGGGUCUAUACGGGUGCUAUGAUCGUGGGAAGUUGGUCUUCUAAAUGCCAUAAGAACAGGCUUCCUGACGAAAAAGUCCUAUUAUACGCUGCCACAGCCGCUUGGCCUCUAGUUGGGUUCCGUGUCGUCUAUGUCACCUACUGCGGCUAUGUUUACCACAUCUUUGACCAAGGCGGGAUUACAAUCGUGUCAAUCUUUGGGGUGCUCCCAGAGUUCCUGUGCAUGACCAUCUACCUUACCUCUGGUAUCUGGACUCGGAAUCUGUCGCGCACCCACAAGAUUUUGAGGCAAGAAGAAAAGGCAGCCAAGAAGCAGGCUAAGGCUGCCAUGACUGUCGGUCCGGGGAAAAAUGACUCAUCGGGAGCUCUGGAGAAGUUCUAUUCUUGCUCUGGGUCGGAUGACACUCACAAAAGUCCUACCGUGAACAUCUCCGGGAGUACGGUAUGA